AUGGGGAAGAAGAGGAACGCGCCGCUGAACAAGCUGUUUGCAUGGGUCCGGCGGCAGUCGGCGAAGGUCAACGCUUUCUUGGCGGCGGCGCUUUGUCUGUGCGCUCUGGUGGCGUUGAAGCUUCUGAUUCACGACCACAACCACUUCUUCGUCGCCUCUGAGGCCAUCCAUUUUGCUGGUAUUUUGGUCCUCAUUUACAAACUCUCCACCCGAAAAACCUGCUCCGGCCUUUCUCUGAAGACUCAAGAACUCACAGCAGUGUUUUUAGCUGCAAGAUUAUGUUGUAGUGUAUUUAUGGAAGGCGACAUUCACACGGUUCUUGAUUUUGUGACACUCGUUUCGACUUUGUGGGUUAUAUACAUGAUUAGGUUCAAGUUGAAAUCCACCUACAUUUCGGAGCUCGAUACAUAUGCCCUUGUAUUAUGUGGUAAAAUUAAAAGUUCUCCCUUUUAA